AUGAAUUCUUCAAAGAGGACAUCGUUAUAUGAACAUUUACCCGAAGAGGAAAGCAAUGAUUCUGUACAGAAACAGAAGAUCUUACACAAAGGAAAAGGGAGAGCGCGUAAGAGGUCAAUAGGGUUGGAGAACAUUGACAUAGACGACGAGGACAACAUGUACGUAAACUCUGGUGGAAAUUUCAGUGAUGUCGACGAGUCAAUUUCCAUACCUGUAAAGAAUUUUGGGGCUGUCUUAGAGCAAAAAGAGGCUGACGAACUCCUGGACAAGGAAUACCAGACUUUACUAUCUGGUGCUGUACACCCACAUGAUGAAGGGAAGAAGGAGUACAACAUACCGAAAAAUAGAUUCAUUUCGACAUUUCCGUACGACCACUCCAGGGUGAUUCUCGAGGAUCAGAAGUCAGAACCGGGAUCUGAUUAUAUCAACGCCAACUAUAUUGACGACAGCACAUCCAGAUCAGAAGUCUACAUUGCAGUGCAAGGUCCAAAGAAAAAGACCUUCGAGGCGUUUUGGCUGAUGAUUUGGCAGCAGAAAUGCCAUACUAUAGCUAUGUUGGCUAAUUUAUACGAAAAUGGAAAGAACAAAUGCUACAAAUAUUGGCCUAAUAUGGACGAUCCGAUCAACACGGCGACAUUUGUCAUCAACCUGAACUCUGAAAAACAGUACGCUUUCUACGCCAUAAGGGUGAUAAUGCUGAAACAUAGACACGAACGCAGAGAGCGACAAAUAUACCAGUUUCACUACACAAAAUGGCCAGACCACGACAUACCAGAUGUGUUUGAACUUGUCAUGUUUCACCGACAUUUGCAGCAUUUACGGACCCAAGGGGAUGGACCACUGGUUGUCCAUUGCAGUGCGGGAAUAGGGAGAACAGGAACUUUGAUUGCAUUGGAUGCCUUGUUGGAAGCAGGGAAGACGGCAGACGUGAUAGACAUACAUGGAUAUGUAAAAAUCAUGAGGAACAAUCGAAUGAACAUGGUCCAAACUGUGAAUCAGUACAAAGCACUUCAUCUGGCUCUCUUAGAAGGCCUUAGUUUCCCGUACAGCAUUCAAACAAAGACAGAUUUCAUCAGCUCCGAGGACAGCAACGUCUAUGAGAUCCCUGCCAACCAAACACAACGCAGCAAGGAAUUCCAGACUCUUCAAGAUGUUAAUGCAAUCAGUGAGAAACGUUUGAAAUACAUUGUUGCCAAGUCUACAGAGAACAGGAACAAGAACCGCGACAUGGAUAUUCUACCAGGCGACAAUUACAGAGUGGUCUUAUACUCAAAGAAGAAUAACUACAUCAACGCAAUUAAACUUCCGGAAAUUCCGUGGUUGCCCGCAAAAUCCAGGGUCAAGUAUACUAAUGAAUUUGAGAUUCGGUCGAUGUCGGUCGAAAGAUGUGAGGAUAACAUCAAUGCAUCAAUGAUGGAGAUCACAAACAAGCAAAGUAACACUAAUCAACGUGUAAAGCUGUUCCAAGUCAGUAAUUGGGCAAAAGAUUCGUCCAUUCCAUCAAGUCAGAGUGUCCUGUGUAAACUCCAUUAUCUGGUAGAGGCAUGGAUGAUGUCUCAAGAGGAGGUACCAGUCGUGGUCAUGUGUUUUAGAUUUGUUUUGUUGUUAAGGGAUGGAGCAAAACGCUGUGGUCUAUACUGCCUUAUCAGUACAACGUUGGAGAGACUGGACAUGGAGUCGGAUAUCGACUUGUAUGCUACCACAAGACAGUUGCAGAUCCGGCGUCCUCAAUUAGUUGCUUCUAUGGACCAGUACCAAUAUACCUUGGAUGCUGUGAAAGCCCAUCUUCACACUAUGGGCAACAGCUACUACCAAGAGUGCCAACACGAAGAGGCAGUUUAUCAGAACAGUCCAUGAUGUAAAGGGUCUCGGUAUUGUGUCUCCGGAAACCACCGACACAUUUCUGUGUUUAAAGCUUCUGACUAAUACAUCGAUAACCGCAAGUUGAUGAUGAUCCCGAUUCUAAUGUGAUUAUGGGCGUUUUCUCUCACUUUUGGUUUCCCUUUUUGUUCAGAACAUUUAUGCACUUGCCUAGAUAAAUUACUUUGAGGAUACAUUUUAAUUACCAUGUAUUAAUUGAGGUACGGUAGUCUAGUGGUAGGACGCCGGGCUCGUGACCGAAGGUUUGUGGGUUCGCGUCACGUCACGUCACUGUGUUGUAUCUUUGAACAAGAUACUUUACUCCGCUUGUUCCAGUCUACUCAGCUGAAAAUAGGUACUUGGUUGGCCUGUGCUAGA